AAGUGUAAAGUUUUAAUGAACCUUUAAGAGGUAGUUGAUCUCUUAAAUAGUGCUGGUUGAUUUAAGUGUACUGCAUUCUACUACCCCUGAGAGGUUUCAAGCAUAGGCAACAGAACAGAAGGAAAAAGGCUCUAAGUAUUUUUCUUUCUUUUUGGAAUGUAAAACUUCUGGGCAUGUGCAUCCCAACCUGGAUAUCCCCUUUUCAUGAGAUCCUAUGGUUAGGGUUGGAGAGGCUAUUAUUGAAAGUCCAACAGAUAGAUACAUACCAGGCACUCUUCAAAAGUGCUGGAGGUACAGAAUGGGUCAAAAAGUUCCUAUUCUGGAGUUUAGUUAGGCAACAGGUGGAGCAUAAAUAUACAUGAUUCAAGUGCUAUACAGAAAAAUCAAGGGAAGGGGAGAGAGAGAUGCUAUUUACAUAUGGUGCUCAGGGAAAUCCUCUCUCAAGUCUCCACUAGAAUGUAAGCUCCAGGAGGUCAGGGACCUUAGCUGCCUUGCUCAUUGCAUUCCCUGUGCUCAGAAGGAUGCGGGGCACAUAGUAGACAUUCAUUGUAGUUGAAUGAAUUAAAUGUGGGCACAGAGAAAUCAGUUGAAAAAUCCUCCAGUUUGUCAAUUGUGAGGGUGAGCAGCAGAUACAGCUGAUCUUAAUUAUGUCACUCUAAUGCAGUUCUCGCUGAAAUACGAGAAGCAGUACUAUUGUCUAGUGUGAAGCCACUAACCUCAAAUAACGUAUCACCUGUCAUGAGUCGGUCGUCACUUUUGGCAUCCUCUACUAAACCAGGUCAGCGUUCGGCCCAUAUUUGGCAGCCUGGAUAACCGAGAACGAUUCGUCAAUGAGUAUUCUAAGUAUGGCAAUGCUGCAGAUUCAUCGAUGACAGCGUUUAACUUCUGUUAAUCCCAGAAGCAUAUAACAGAUGUUCGCUGAAUGAAUGAAUGAAUAUGAAACAGUAAUCGUGACUCUCCACGACAAGCAGACUUGGGAGAGCGGUCCCACUUCGAGUCUGGAGAUAGGGGAUGACAUACUCUUCCCGCCAAGAUACGUGUGGGGCAAGAAACCCGGUUUGCGGGCCUGACCCCGAGGACCAUACUCUCUCCCAACGGCCGAACCGUAGCCUGAAGCCUUCGUGAGCGCGGGGGAAAUCUAAAGGCGCGUCAAGGGCCUGCGUCACCAGCUUGCGUCACCAGGCCCGCGCGCCCCGCCCCGCCCACACGCCGGCUGUAGGCCUCCACUGGCUGCCUCGUUGGAGGCCCGCCCUCUUGAAGGAGAAGGAAAGCCCGGUAGCCGGUCUAAAUAAUCUUAACUAACCACUUCUUAACCAAUCACUAGCAGCGAUCUUCAGCCUUAUCCAAUGAGACCGGGCACCCGUCGCGGCCCGCGGAGUUUAAUUUUCCUCCAGGAACGCGGAAGUAGCGAGCGGGUCGUGGAGGCGAAGUACUGUUUGGAAGACUCCCGGGAGGGGGCUGCUCCUCCCGCAGAGUUAACGCUGCCGAGCAAGGGGGCUCCAGGGCCGAGCCUCGGGCUAGCGAGGCGCCGUUACUAGCUGAGGUGCGCGGGCGGGCGCGCUUGGACGUCUGAAAGCUCCUGGACCAGGACGAGUGCAUGUCAGGCCUCCUCCUCUGCGGAUUCCGCGGGAGGUUCCUUAACCAUUUCAGCUUGAAGUUCCGGUGUUUGCCGGGAGGCUGGGUUUCGGAGGGAGGUAUCAAGAAACUGAUAAUGUUUCCUUGAAUUUGCUUCUGUCUUUGCUUCAUCAAUGUCCUUCAUAUUGAGUAUUUUAAGAGUGAUGCUGGAAUAUUUUGGUGUUCCCAUAAACCAGGUUUUGCAGAUCUGGGAAAAUAAAGACUAUGGAUCAGCUCGGAGUAUUGUUCGUAUUAUUGGGAAAAUUCUUCCUUUAGAACCUUGUCCCAGGCCUAAUUUUGAGCUGAUUCCAUUCUUGAACUCUGUGGACUCUGCUAACUAUGGAUCUAUAGUUCCAUCUCUUGCUGAUGUUUUGUGUGUGGCAGAUGAUGAAGAAGCCAGUUAUCUCAGAUUUCGAAAUAGUAUAUGGAAAAAUGAAGAAAAGGAGAAACUUGCAUUUAUCCAUCCUUUGCAGCUAGUUGAAGACCCAUUGUCACCUGCUCUAAGGCACAACAAACCAAGAAAAAAUGAUUGGCAUGAAAAUGAAGCUGCAAUUAAAAAAAUAGCUGCCCUUGAAGAUGAGCUUGCUUUUCUUCGCUCUCAGAUUGCUGCAAUUGUGAGCACGCAAGAACUGAGAAACAGUACAAAUUCUGGCUCCUUGGACCUGAAUGACAGGCCUAGUGGUUUGGGACAAAUGGCACCAUCAGAGAAUACUCCACUGAGUGAUGAACCAGAUUCGUUUUCAAGUUCAGUGCUUCCCGCACCCCCUCCUCCGCCACUGCCCCCUCAGUUGUCUUCUCUGCCGCCUCCAUGUUCUCCUCUCCUACAACCAGCGGCUGAUAAUAUUUGUGCAUCAGAUAAUUCAGCAACUGAAGUGAAGAAACAGCACCCAGAUGAUAGGAAGACCACCUGCAGUCAUCGUUCAAAAAACCAGAAAAAUAAAGAUGUUCCAAACAUGUUGGAUGUGCUGAAGGAUAUGAAUAAGGUUAAACUUCGUGCUAUUGAAAGGUCACCUGGCGGCAGACCCAUUCAUAAAAGGAAAAGACACAACUCACCUUGGGAUCCAGUGUCUUUAAUAUCCCAUGCGCUUAAGCAGAAAUUUGCAUCCCAAGAAGAUUCCUUUGAGAAAGAAAAUAAUUCUUGGGAGGCUUCUCCAUUUUCUAGUCCAGAAACAUCAAGGGUGAGGUUAUAAUUCUGAAGGGUGCUGAACUAAAGGAAGAACUGACAAACACAGCAGGUGUGGACCAAGGUGUAAGCAGCAGGGGCCGUGUCUUCUUUUAGGCGCAACUGCAGAAAUAUGCCAGCACACCUCCCCCCACAUGUGAAAAGUCUCUUCUCCUGUCAAUGAAGUUAAAUGUAGUCUAUACACUGGAGUAUAUUAGUGUAAAGGUCUGAAGGAUCUUGACUGUUAAGAAUUUCUGUCUCUAGUUUUAGAAGAUCCAGCAGUUAACUGGCCACUGAAAAUAGUUGGGUAUACAGAUGUGUUUUUUCCCCCAUGCAUGUUAAUAUUAUUAAAAGCUGAAUGUACACUUUGAAUGAUUCUCUUCAGAGCCAAAUAGUAAAUGAUUUAAUGUUUCUCAGAGAAUAGUAAGAUCUCAUUACAAGGUAACAGAAACCAUUUAAUGAAUUAAGAAAAUAAUGUAAAAUAAGUCUGUAUUGUACUACUCAACAGAAGGUAAUAUGUUUAGGUUUUAAAAAACAAUGUCUUAAAGUAAUUACUAAUCCUCAUUAAGAGGAUAGUGAUCCGAUUUACUUGGCCUCUAGCAAUUUGGAGAUUUUCAAAGAAUAUAAAAUUAUAAUUCUUUCAUUACAGUAGUCAUCUUUUGAUUCGUGGAUUGAACCUCCUAAAAAAUCUUCCUGAGAUGAUAAAGAAUUAUUCUUAGAGGCUGAUUUUGACCCUUAAAUGCUAGAGUAUUGAUGUAUUUAAAGAAUCUUCUUAUUAAGUUUUGUCUACACUUGCUAUGUUAAUAGGUACAGCUGUCAUUUUAUUUCCUCUGUUCCUCAUUACAUUUAUACUCUGUUCCUUUGUAAAUAAAUAUGCCCUUUUGAA